AGUAAUUUGGUCAAUGUUUUCUCCAGUUUAUAUAAAAAUACCCACUUCCCUUCUCUUCCCCUCCAUUUCCCUCUCUUUGAUUGCACACAUUUCGCUGAAAAAGACACCAAAUUCAAGAUUCCCCUCCCCCUCCUAUAUAUUCUCUACAAACUUCAACUUCCAUUCCAUCAAAAAAGAGAACAAAAAAAAAGAGAGAGAGAGAAGAAGAAAAGGGAAAUGGAGCUGAUGAUGAACGAACAAUAUUUGUUAGACGAAGUUGCAGCUCUUAGAAGAGAGAUGAAUUGGGAAUUGGCGCUGCCCACAGAAAUUAGUGGGUGGAAUACUAACAAUUUGGUUCCAGAUUCUGCCUCUGCCACCAGCUUCUGUUUGCCGCCGCUGGACGACGUGCACAAUAACAAUGUUAACAGCUACCUCCUCAGUAGUGACGAUUUGAUUCCUUUUCACGGCGGCGCGUCGAUUUUGUCGUCGCUGGAGGGUUGUGAUAACGGGGAGUAUUAUCCGAUCGCUAACAUGGAGGAGGAGGAGCUUGGGAUUUUGGAGGACGAGAUUCAUAACCUUGAAGUUCAGGCAAGUUGUUGUAAGGCUGAGCCCGUUGCCGUGGUUCAGUCUCCUGAAGCCGUCCCAACUUUCAGCGCCGGCGCGUGCGCCCACAAGAGUAGUAAGAAAUUGCAAGGCCAGCCGUCGAAGAAUCUGAUGGCGGAGAGGCGCCGGAGGAAGCGCCUCAACGAUCGCCUCUCCAUGCUCCGAUCCAUCGUCCCCAAAAUAAGCAAGAUGGACAGAACUGCGAUUCUGGCGGAUGCUAUAGAUUACGUGAAGGAAUUACUUGAGAAAAUCAGCAAUUUGCAGAGGGAAAUUGAGGUGGGGAAUCCAAAUCCGAGCAAGUUGGGGAGUAGUAGUAGUGUGGGCAUUUUGAGAGAUGUGAAACCGAAUGAUUAUUUGGUCAGAAAUUCGCCCAAGUUUAAUGUGGAAAGGAGAGACAUGGACACUCGGAUUGAGGUUUGCUGUGCGCCAAAGCCUGGGUUGUUGUUGUCUACAGUACAUACUCUUGAAGCAUUGGGGCUUGACAUUCAACACUGUGUCAUCAGCUCUUUCAAUGAUUUUGCUAUUCAAGCUUCUUGCUCUGAGGAAAUGGACCACAGGACAAUGGUGAGCACAGACGAAGUAAAGCAAGCAUUAUUUGAAACUGCUGGAUAUGGAGGAAGAUGCCUGUAGAACAACACCAUCAUUUUAAACUAGGAAGAGAAACAAGGAACAAAAAAAAAGAGGAGUUUCUUGAGAUGGGUUUUCAAGUCUCAAUGUUUUCGAUGAGAUUUGGUUAAUUAGUUUGAAAUGUUCUCCUUUUUUUUCAAUAAUUAAUGUGUAUUUAAUUUAAUCGAGUCCUUAAAUGAGCAAAUGAUUGCGAUAUUAGAAAAAUAAAAAAGAAAAGGGUUAGAUCCAGGUGCCCCAAAAAGAAGUGACAAUUUUUAUAUGGAAAUGGUAGGAAGGAAGAAUCAAAUUUCUGCAACAGAAGAGAAGGAGAUAAAAAGUGGGUUUUCUUUUUUCUUUCCUAAAUUUAUAAUUUUUAAGUGUUUGCUUUAUUUUCUGUCGUCUUUUGAGCGAUUUGUGGAGGAGAUGGUAUAUAAAAAGAAAAUAAAAAUAAAAAAGGGAGAUGUUCUUUUUUCA